AUGGCAGAGGAGAAAACUUUCCGCUACGGCUUCAUCAUGCUGGGCUUCUUCCUGGUCAUGACGGGCAUGUUCAUCAUGAGCGUGGAGAAGCCGCACAUCUACAUCACCUUCUGCGUCCUGGGCGUGCUGCUCGUGGCCGUGGGCAUCACCUGGAGCAUGUGCCAGUGCUAUCCCAAGAUAACGUUCAUCCCUGCGGACCUCGAGGCCAAGCAGUUCCUGGACCACAAACCCAUGAUGCUGCUGCAGCAGAAGGACACCUGCCUGAUUGUCCCCUGCUCCAACCAAGAGGYCACCAGCACCUACGAGAAGAGCCUGCCAUCCUAYGAGCAGAUCCAGGGGCAGGCRGYCAGCUCAGCUCCACUCCCACCCUCGGCACAGCCCAGAGCCCGCAGCUGCUCCCAGUCAGCAGUGCAGGCCAAAGCCGAGAUCCACCGGGAGCUGGGGGGUGCUGGGGACCCCCUCCAUGACCUGGCACCUCGGCUGGAGACAGCAGCAGGCAGCGGCCCCGCCCGGCCGGCCGCGGGCGAUGCCCCGCUCGCCUCCCUGCUGGAGGAGAUGGACACACCAUCGCUGGAGGGKUCCGUGCCCGGCAGCCCCACGCCACACAGCCGGACUGCUGACCGCUCCGGCCGCACCCCGAGCAGCUCCCCGGCCGGGGCAGAGCGCCCCGGGUCCCCUCGGAAAGGCGCUGGGGAGGAGGAUGACCUCUAUUAUGGGCUGCAGGAGGAGCCGGAUGCUCUGCUCAAGGACAACGACGGUCUCUUUGAGCCUGAAAACUGAUUUCCCAGAGGGAAUGGCCUCUUGGCAUGGACUCAUCUCACGGAGGGGCACACAGGUCACAGCCUGGAGGAAAGGUGGCUGUCCCCGAGCUCCUGAGUGUCCCUGUGCCGUGUUGCAUC